CAGGAAAUCUACAGUCCCAGAGGAGUGUCAGUCCUCCAUGUCCAGCAGUAGUUGAGGAGGGUCUGUGCUCUGUGUCCAGCAGUACUUGAGAAGCGUCUGACCUCUAUGUCCAGUGAGACGUUGGGAUGAUGAAGAUGCUUUUCCUGCAGCUGCUGUUUUUGAUCCUAUUCCUGAACAUUACUGCAGUGAUCAGUGAUUUCACUCCUGAGUCCAGGAACUCUAUAGUGGGUGGACAGAAUGCAGAUAUUGGAAAAUGGCCUUGGAUGGCUUAUAUUCAGGUGAAGACAUUUGAAGACAAAUUUGAUUGUGGUGGUUCCUUGCUUAACGAUCGCUGGGUUCUCACUGCAGCACACUGCUUGAAAAAACCCUUUGUUCAGAUGUGCAAAUCCCUGGUGGUCCUGGGAGGACACAUGCUGGAUAUUUGUAAUGACUACCAACAAACCCGCUCCAUCAGGAGGGUGAUUCUACACGAGGGGUACACGAAUACAGGAGAUGGGUGGGACAUUGCCCUGGUGGAACUGGACAGUCCAGUGUCAACCAACAAGUUCAUCAAGCCCGUCGCCCUGGCUGACAGCACUGACAACUUCAAUGAGAGCUCAGAUUGCUGGGCUUCAGGCUGGGGGAACAUUGGGAACGGAGAAUAUCUCCAAUGGCCUCAAACUCUACAGGAAGUCAGACUGCCCAUUAUAGACAACCAGGUCUGCCAGGAGAUGUACGAGGGCAGAUACACUAUCCAGCCAGAAAUGAUAUGCGCUGGAUAUCAGAAUGGGGGGAAGGACACCUGCCAGGUGAGUCAUACUGGGGCUCUCAGGGACUAAACUGAGCCAGUUACU